ACCUCGCUAUUCUGUCUUUCAUGUAGCGAUUAUAUUAUGUGAUGGCGAUGCCAGGAUAAUUUCACAUUUGAACUUGUUUUUUUUUUUUUUUGGGUGGCGGAUAGUGGUUCACAUUGCAGAUGAGUUUUCCGGACUAUCCUAUUACCGCCGUGCUUUUGCUUUCAAGCCAGCGCCGAAGGAUUUCAGCACCGCACAUCCAAGUACAACCUGACACGGGCAGUGGAUGACUCUAUGUUGUUUCAUUACCGUCCCUACCUGACAAGUUGGGCGUUUCGGAGAUUCUUUGAAUGGAUCAAGCGGAGUGAACAUGUGACACGCCCUUCUGAUAAGUGUUAAGACAUCAAUGCCUUUUCAAAUUCUAGCCUACAGUAGAACUUGACUGACCGGCCAGUAAAGUAGCCUACUGCAGAACGUGACGUUAGAGACAGCUGUAGGUGCCAGUUUGGUAAUGCGUAGGCUAACGUAUAACUAAUUUAAGUGUCAAAGCAUUUUUAUUUAUGGGUCGUGUAUGAAUAUAGCUACUGAACACGCGUCUAAACGUAGUCUAUGCGAGUAGAUUUAAGGCAUUUAUGUGAAGAUAUCGCUUUAUCUUUGUUCUAAGGCGUUGUGGGUCGUAUGUAUUCUGCGUUCUCAAAGCCCGGAUUACAUUGAAAGGGGCUGAAUAGACAGAGAUGUCCUCGGUGGAGACGACCGGCUAUCACGGGUCCCUGAGGGACUUGCCGACUGACAACUGGAUGUCCCAUCUGCCGCGCUCGCUAUGGGACGUGCCCCUUUGUAACUUGGCCAUCCCAGGAAGUCACAACACGGUGACAUACUGCCUGGACAGGAACGACCGGUCCCCAGUGGACCUGACGCAGCCGGACAUGUUACGCAAGCUGGAUAAGUACAUGAAGCCCCUCAUCCGCCCCUUCGUGUACAAGUGGGCGAUUACGCAGGAGUGCAGUGUGAAGGAGCAGCUGGAUGCAGGGGUGAGGUACUGCGACCUCCGGAUCGCUCACCGGCCCAACGACCACUCCAGUGACCUGUACUUCUACCACGGGGUGUACACGACCGUGACCGUGGAGACCGUUCUGAAGGAGAUUCGGGAGUGGCUGGAUUCCCACCCCCGAGAGGUGGUCAUCCUCUCCUUCAGUCACUUUCAGGGCCUCAGCCAAGACCUGCACCGGCUGCUCAUCGAAACCAUAAGGAAUGUAUUCGUCACCAAGCUCUGUCCAAAAACGGAGUCGACACACCUGAGUAACCUGUGGCACCUGGGCUAUCAGGUGAUCGUGUCGUACGAGCACGCCGUCCUGGGGCGUCACGAGGACCUCUGGGGCCCCGUCCCGUACUGGUGGGCCAACAAGUGCCGCGCGGACCUCCUGGUCGAGGAGCUGGAAUGCCGGAAGCGGCGCGGUCGCCCAGGGGGGUUCUUUGUUGCCGGCAUCAACCUGACCGAAGACCUCAAAUACAUCUGCUCGCACCCCACCGAGUCUCUGAAGGACCUGGUGACGUCCACGUACCCUCACCUGCUGGAAUGGGUCAAGGCCCAGUCUCCAGGUUCUGGAUCUGCGUCUAUCAACAUCAUUGCGGGGGAUUUUGUAACGGAGGGCCAGCUGGUGCCAAUAGUUAUCUCGCUCAACGAGAAGCUGCUGCAAUGGACACAGUGAGGCUCCUUCAGGCUUGACUCGCGGCACCUUUGAACCACUUUAUUUAAAGAAUGGUGGGAAGAGUCGCAUUUUGAUUUACAGCAUGAAAACCCUAAAAUUGGAAAUUGUAAUUCAGCUUUUUUUUUUGGACAAUAACUAGCGCUGUAUGUUUAUACUUAAAUUUUCUGUAUUUAUUUUGGGUAUCAUGGGCCUAGUUUAUCAUGUGCUCAAAUUUUAAUUGUAAAGUAUGAAUGCACACAUUUUCACAGAAUAUUUAUGAUUGCUACUGACUCUGCAUACACACAGUUCAUUGUGAUGGAAUUGGUGUCCUUGCAUGACAAUUUUUUUUUUUUUGCAUUGUUUUUCUCUGCAUUUUGGAAUGCCGAAUGUGAACUUUGAGCUGGUCCCAUCUUCACAAAACUUGUCAGUGACUGUAUGGAGGUUCCAAAGUACACGUGCAAGCAUGUUGGUCCUCCCGUAGCUAGAGGGCAGCAUUACGAUCAGCUACAGGCUCACAGCUGGUGAAUGCAGCUUACAGGUUGACCGACUGACCCGUGUUUUUGGGUUAUCACAAGAUGACCACCCUCGAUGAAAGCCCUGCCCUGUUAACGGCAUAUGUUGUGUUAAUCCUACCAUUUAAACACUCAAGGGAACAUUGUGGCCAAUAGGACAAUAGAAUGUUUUUAUGGGAAUUCCCCUCCAAAUGACACCUUUCCCUCCAUGUGUUGAUGGUUGUUGGGAAGAUUGCGUUGCUUCCAGUCACAGGUGGAACAGACCUGUGGGUCAGUAGGGUAUCACCACUGCACUGCACAGAAGUGCCUCACCAGAAUGCUCCCACCACUCAACGCUUGAGCACAACGUUUGAUGGCUUUAUCAGUAUCAACAAUAAAAAUUGCACCAGGCAGGUAUUUCACCAAGCAUGGAUUCCUGAUUUAGCUGGACAACUGAGCUGAGUAAAACCCGGAACCCUCCCAAAUCUGGACUGCAGUAGAAAAGAAAAUAGCUGUUCCAGGUUUUACUCAGUGCAGUUGUCCUGCAAACUCAAUAAUCCUGCUUUUGGGCUGAAGUCAACACCUGCUCACUACUCCUGAAUACCAGUACCUCAUAGCUAAUAUGAGGAAGUUAUUAACGCACAGAAGUCGUUAAAAUGUUUAACAUAAUUGAGUGUUUUCUUUUUUUUUUUUUUUUUCCUCCAUUCCCCAUCACCUCUUAUUAUACCUCGGAUAACAUGACUUUAUAAUAAUUCCAUGAAUUUAUAUGCACAAUAUUUCACAAAGCGACUUGUGAAAUGGCUUCUUCACACCUCAGCCAAUGUGAAUUGGCAAAGAGGAAACAUACAGGGGAUAAAUAUGAACAAAACACUCUGGAAAACAACAGGGGUGAUCUUUGUUGCCGUCAUGGGAGAAUACCAAAAGCCUGAGGCCUCCGUUUCUCAGUGAUGCGAACAGCUUUCACCCAGAGCUAAGAUGCAGUGUGUAUGUGUGUGUGUGUGUGUGUGUGUGUGUGUGUGUGUGUGUGUGUAUGUGUCCUUCAGGGCAGUGUGCAGGGAGUGUUUUUUGUGUUGUAGCCCACUUGCACUUAGUACCAUCCACAGCAGCUGGAUCAUCUUGUCAUAGUUAUGGCACCCCUCUCGUUUUCUAACUGGUUAAAAUACAGGUUUUUACUCGUACUUGUUACUUGUAAAUAUGCAUCACAUCAUUUCAAAAAACAUUACCAUAUGUAGCCUCUACAUUUGUGAGUGAAUAUAAUUGUUGGAAGCACAAGUAGAGUCUGUCAUGCAACUAGGCUCAUGGAGUCCUAUUAUGAGUUUUAUGACUUCCACCAAUUGUCAUUCACAGACUAAUUUUAAAUGAAUCUAUUCUACACUAUAUAUCUAUUUAUCUAUUUAUCACUUGAUAAAUAAGGCCCAGUAUGUGCAGUGGUUUUUAAAUGUACUUUUUAAAACGUAUUUCAAAGUUGACUGGCUGAAGAAUUUCUGCUUACUUGAGGAACAGGAGGACCGUUGGGAAAUUGUAUUAACUAUUGGGUUAUUAACGAUGGGUUAUUCAGCAGAGACAAACCACGGGGGGAAAGAAUCCAGUCUUAUCACCUGAAAAAUACAAUAGCUGAGUCGCAGUGAAUCAGCACACUUUGCACAAAACGGCACAUCAUACGUAAUCGCACAAAGCUAGUUGCACAAAGCACAAAUGCGUCUUCCUGGAGCAUCAAGAAGUAAUUUGCAUGAAUAAUACAAACGCCUGUAUGAACAAAGAAGCCUAACUCUGAAAGCACUCCGAUAUCUGCUUUGAAAUGGACUGAAAAUUAUGCUUGGUGUAAAAACCACGAAAGACUUCAGGGAAAACCUGUUCUUGGCCUGUUCAUAGAGACGUGAUUCCUUGAAUGAAAUUUAAAAUAAUCAGAUGCCAAUCUGCAUGGUUUUCCCAAGCAAUCCCGUGUAUCUUCUCUAUGCAUGACCUAGUCAGGAAAAGUUGUUUACAGGUCUCCAAGGUGUGAUGGAAUGUUUUGCAAUUUAACAUUAAAGUUGGAUUUUAAUGCAU